AACAGUAAAAUAUAGAUUUUUGCAUCAUAAAUUUCAGAUUCUGAAUUAUUUAAAAUGGUCGGAUGUGUCUCGAAUCAGAGUGAUCAGCCCCUGGGAAGUGCUUCUAACUCGAUUCUUGAUAGGAGAACCGGAUCUGAGCUUCAAUGUCAUUUGUGUGGCUAUGCCUGCGGUGCUGGUAAAGUUUGAGAGUUUUGCAAAGAGCAAGAUGGAGUACAUGAGUCCUCCUGCAGAGUCAAGUGUUCAAAGAGCAACAGCUCCUUCCAGUGUUCCAAACGACUCACCUUCUCCAUGGUCAAGUAUGCAAUCCUCCCCGGACAGAGAUUCGCCCAAACAUGUUCCAACCGAAAAUGACGUACCACAGAUUCAAGCACGAGCCCAGAAGGAUGUUGUUUCUGACGCUGAAGCUGCAGAACUGAGUGCUACUCUGGAAAAUCUGAAGUCUUUGGCUUUAGAUAUUAGUACUGAACAAGACUCACAGCUGGAUAUGAUCGAUAGAGUGACACAGUCUGUUGAUAGAGCAGACUACAGGCAAAAGGAAUUGGAUAAGAAAAUGAACAAGUUGUUAAAAUAGAGGAAGAAUUUCUUCCAUUUUGUUUUUGUGAGGGUUUUUAUGAAAGGCUUGUUUCUGCAAUUAUUUUUAUGUUUUGGGCUUCAAUGUAUAAAAAACGUAGGGCCUAUGUAUGAACAUUUCUAUGACUUCUCCCUUUUGUAGAAUCUUUGUAGAGAGAGAGAGAUCUUGUUAUUGUAAUAUAUUAGAUUGAAUUGUGGCUAAGGAGGGACCAGUGGUUGAGGAUGCGGAGGGGGGGGGGGGGGGGGUCAAUAAUUGUUGUCUUAAUGAGACUGAAAAUGGAACAGAUGUUAUGGUUUGCUUCUGUUGACAUUUGUUGUACAUUCAAUUUUAUUUGUAUAUUUUCAGUGAGGCAUGAACUCUUUCUGCAAAUUUAUUAUUUGAAUUCUUUU